AUGUCAACUGUAGAGCUUCGCGCCUUCGCCCAGAAGUUACUUCACGAGAGAGACUCGCGACCCCUGAAACGGGAGGUCGACAUUGAAGACGUGGUGGAGUGUGAGGGACGCAAAUACAAGCUUUUGAAACAGGAGAACGGCGAGGAGGCGGUGGAUCUCACCGAGGACUGA